GACUCUACUCGACCGAGGCUGAGGCUGCUUCUUCUUCUUCAUCGUCUCACAGCUUUGCUUUGCAGGCUUUCCUCUCACUUCCUUCCCCACCUCCAUCACCCUCUCCCUGCUCCGAUCCUCCGCAGUGCAAUUCUCUAGCGUUUACGCCAUGGCUACCGCAGCCGUUGAAUCCCCUGCCUCUACCGAAGUCGACCAGCUCACCCGUAUUCGCCUCGAGUUGGCCACACUCGACCAGAUCAGCGACAAUGAGAAGCAAGGUUUUCUCAAGUUGAUUGGACGCUACUUGGGUGGAAAGAGUGAAGCCAUCCAGUGGGAGAAGAUCAAGCCCCCAACUGAUGAAGUCGUUGUUCCCUACGACAAAAUGUCUGAGUUCUCUGAUGAUCCAGUCAAGAUCAAGAGUCUUCUCGAUAAGCUUGCAGUUCUCAAGCUAAAUGGUGGUCUCGGAACCACAAUGGGCUGCACUGGUCCAAAGUCAGUCAUUGAGGUCCGCAACGGCUUGACUUUUUUGGAUUUGAUCGUGAAACAAAUUGAGAGCCUCAAUCAGACUUAUGACUCCAAUGUACCUCUUGUUUUGAUGAACUCGUUCAACACACACGAUGAUACCUUGAAGAUCGUGGAGAGAUACAAAGAUUCAAAGCUGGAAGUCAUCACUUUCAACCAGAGUCAAUACCCUCGCGUUGUUGCAGCGGAUAUGAUUCCAUGGCCUGCCAAGGGCAAGACCGAUAACGCUGGCUGGUACCCACCCGGCCAUGGUGACGUGUUCCCUUCACUUGAUAACAGCGGAAAGCUCGAUGAGCUUCUUGCCCAGGGGAAGGAGUACGUGUUCAUUGCCAAUUCCGACAAUUUGGGAGCGAUUGUCGAUCUCAAAAUCUUGAAUCAUCUGGUCGAAAACCAGAACGAGUAUUGCAUGGAGGUUACACCGAAGACCCUUGCUGAUGUGAAGGGAGGAACCUUGAUUUCUUACGAAGGCAGGGUGCAGCUUCUGGAAAUUGCUCAGGUUCCUGACGAGCAUGUCAACGAAUUCAAGUCUAUUGACAAAUUCAAGAUCUUUAACACCAAUAAUAUGUGGGUUAAUCUCAAGGCCAUCAAAAGGCUUGUCGAAGCUGAUGCUUUGCAAAUGGAGAUUAUUCCAAACCCAAAGGAAGUGGAUGGUGUCAAGGUCCUACAACUGGAAACUGCUGCUGGAGCCGCCAUUCGCUUCUUUGAUAGGGCUAUUGGAGUGAACGUUCCGAGAUCUCGUUUCCUUCCCGUCAAGGCUACCUCAGAUUUGCUGUUGGUUCAGUCGGACCUCUACACAGUUCAAGAUGGUGCAGUGGUACGGAACCCUGCCAGAACCAACCCCGAAAACCCCUCCAUUGAUCUCAGUAGCGAAUUCAAAAAGGUGGGUGAUUUCUUGAAGCGUUUCAAAUCAAUUCCCAGCAUCCUUGAAUUGGAGAGCUUGAAGGUUAGCGGAAACGUAUGGUUCGGCAAAGACAUUGUCCUCAAGGGUAAAGUGGUUGUUGAAGCAGCUAAGGGAGAGAAAGUGGAAGUGCCUGACGAAGCUGUUCUUGAUAACACGGUCGUUAAGAACUAGAUUAUUUUAUGAAGUAACUGUUGCUGUAACGUACACCGACUUGUAAGCCUUCCAUCUGAUUUAGGAGAUGAGCUACUCCGCACCGCUUCAGUUAGUGUAGCCAAGUUCAUUGUCAUGGUGGUAUCCCAUCCAUCAGAGAUUAUCUCUGUUUCAAUGUGUUCUGGGCAUAUCAUCUGGUCAAGUUGCGAUAGUGAUAUGUUAGAUCGACAUGACGAAUUAUUUUGCUGGAUCUGAGACUCUCUUGUUGCGCUGGUUUCUAUUCCAGAAAUAAUAACUUUGCAUAAUAUCCUAAGGACGUUCAUUUGAUUUUUCCGCUA